AUGUCCACCUCUACCUUCUCACUCGACCCUGCCAUCUUCAACAAGACACUAUACAGAAAGAUAACAGACAUAUGGUUCCCUGGCGUCGACACAAGCGGCAAGGAGUUUGACAUGAGCAUCGCGAAGCGCUGGUUCGCAGGCAGUCCCGAAGAGCGACUUGCCCUCGACGGCCAAUGUAGAGAUAUCUGCGGCAAAGCCCUUGAAGCUAUUGGCCCAGAAAAGUUCCCAGAAGCGAAUGCGCAACCUUUCCUAGACGAGAUUGCGCGCGUCGCGGAGGAAGAGAACAAGGCAGAUGGCGCAACAGGAGAAGACGCUGCUUGGACAGCACUCAGCUUCGCACUCCUGUUAGACCAAAUGCCGCGAAAUAUCUACCGCACAGACGAAGGGCUGCGCCUCGUGUAUGGGCAUUACGAUCGCAUGGGCGAUGCGCUCGUUCGCAACCUUCUAUCGCCCGCAUCGCCCAUUGGCCGCCCCGACAAACACCCUGCGCUCCGUUUCUCUGCCGCGCAUAGGACCUGGUUCUACAUGCCCCUCAUGCAUUCCGAAGACCUAUUCGCCCAUGAUCUCGCCGAGGAAAUAAUAGCGGAGUUCGCGCAAGAACUCGAGGGGUUGGACGGGUACAAUGGCACGAAGAUGUUGAUUGAGAACUACCAGAAAGCUGCAAAGGAACACAGGGAUCCAAUAGAGCGGUUUGGUAGGUAUCCGCAUCGAAAUGCUGCCUUGGGUAGGACCAGUACAGAGGAGGAGAGGAGGUUUAUGGAGGAGGGUGGAGCUACAUUUGGGGUUGCGCAGAAUCAGAAGGGGGACACUGCGAAGUCAAAUGGAACGUAG